AUGGCGAAAGGCGGCAGCGAACUCACUCCCAGGCAGGCGGCGGACUUUGGCAAUCCAGGAUAUUCCCAGCCGGAAAACUGCGAAUGCUAUCGAAGGUAUCGCUUCGAUGAAGACAAAGCGCCAUUCCUUGGGUUUCUUGCUGUUGCAUUGACUAUUGUGGUAAUCGCGGCAUUACUGGCAGGCCUCACAUUGGCAAUUUCCAGCUUGGAUAUGACAUGGCUCCAAAUUAUGAGCACAACUGGCCCAAAAAGGCAAAGACGUCAAGCAGAGAUUGUUUCUCGGAUUAAAAGGCACGCCAGCUGGUUUCUCUGCUCCAUGGUUUUGACUUCAGUCGUCUGCAUGGAGACACUCCCUAUUAUAGUCCAGUCUCUUUUUGGAACAGGUUGGAUACCGGUGGUGGUAUCGACAAUAGCCAUUGCGAUUUGUUCGGAGUUACUCCCCCAAUACCUUAUACCCAGACAGGCCUUACUCUGGAGCUACUAUUGCUGGCCAUUCAUAUGGACCUGCAUGUGGUUGACGGCGAUCAUCAGCUGGCCACUCUCAUUUUUCCUCGACAGACUUACUUUACCAAAAGAGAGGGAAGCUAUGUAUACAAGGGAGCAGCUGGCGAUGCUUAUCAAAUUACAUGAACGGCAAGAGAAACAUGGCGGCCACCUUGGUCCUGAUGCCGGACGGGCUGCAAGAGGCGCUUUAGAUCUCGAUGGUCGAACUCUUGAGAGGUCACCUUUGGGCUCAUUCUACGACAGCAAAAGUAUAACUGACAUUGCAGGUGACCCAGAGAAAGCAGAUUAUACCACCUCCGACAUUAUCGUUCCUUGGUCUGCAGUCAAAUUCAUUGGAAUCGAUGAUCUAGUUAAUGAACAGUUCAUAGUGAAAAUCAAACAGUUCUCAUAUAGUCGAAUUCCUGUCAUUGGAAACGAGGACUUGGUUACUGUCGCGCCAACUGAACACGGGGGUGCUUCGAACGACCAAAGAAUAUUUGGUUUCCUUCACAUCAAGACGCUCCUUGGGCUGGAUUUGCAGAACAGUGGGAAAGAGAUUCGAGUUAGAGACCUACCUCUAUAUCCUCUGCCCAUUGUACGAGAUGACCUCCCAUUAUACGACUUGCUAAAUAUGUUUCAGUUGGGAAUAUCAAGAAUGGCUGUAGUGAUCCUAGCCCCAGCAAGAGAUUGGACAGACAAUCAAGCUACGCUAUCUCCGAAUAUAAAAGAUAAUACUCGAGCUGCUGUUCCUCUAUGGUCUUCGGCCACUGGUGUAAAUGUUCGGGGGUCCCUAGACUUGAGAAAGCUCGGUGGCCGCGUGGAUUGGAUAGCAGACUUUCUGGACACCACACAGAAUGAUGCCGGUGACGCCAACCCAUCACCCAUAGUAACAGGCAUCAGGUGCCCAGCGCCACUAGGGAUCAUCACAUUUGAGGAUAUUCUCGACGCGCUUUUGCAGAAAACUAGUCGAGAUGAAAAGGAUUUUUUCGAACGGAGAACAUUUGAUCCGCCCACCAAGUCAAGAAAGGAAGGAGAUGACAAUACUGUGAGAAGUUCGCGGAGCAUUUUCAGAUCAAGGAGGGAUAUUCCUACACAUGCAAGCGGGGCGCAUGUAGCAUUUGGCGGAAAUAGUCAAGGUCAAGGAGCACUACGCAGACGAAUCCCGUCUAAAACUACCAGUGCAAUGGAUUGUACGCCCGGUGUCGCUGCGUUUGGUAUGGAUGGAAAUGAUGAACGAAGCGUCUCCGUCCAUGGAGCACUUACCGCUGACCACAGUUCUUAUACGGAAAAUAGCGAAGGGGGCUUCCAUGGCCCAUCUUCGUCUGCGGAUACAGAGCUUAGCACUCUUGCUCAACGCAAUAUCUCCGUGAACCACAAGCUCAGGUGUCUCAAAGGACGUUCUGUUAACUCAACGAGAACUGUUAGUGCUCCUGAAAACCCCACGGAACCAGCCUUCCAGUUAGGGUUGGAUAUUCUCCCAAGGCAUUCUAGCUCUGGCUUUUCUCGCUUUGUUGGCGAAGCGUACGAUGCAACGUCAUAUGAGAGAGAGGUCCCAGGUCUAGACGAACUGCCUGCGAAUCUCGAAGAUACUUCAGAUGUCGAUGAGGUUUUGCCGCAGGAAUUGGUUGGUGGAAGCGCUUUAUCCUCAUACUAUUCCUCCCACUCUGGUGUCGUUGCUAGACCUCAAACAUCCGAGCCGGCGAGCCACAUCGCAAACGAGAAUGUUCGUGCGGGGUCGGGGAUGAACACCCUACCACGUAUGAAUUUUGGGCCUCGGUUGGCUAUAGGGACUAUUAUAAGUCAAGAAAUUCAUCCGAGAGAGAAGAGCUUCCAUGAUGACCGUUCUUUGCUGCCGAGUCAAUGGAGAGAUAUUGAGAGUGGAGAGUCAAAAGAGAAUACAGCGCGGCGCACAAGCUUUUGGAUUUGA